AUGACUGGAACAGAAUCUGGCCGCUUUGCGCCCAAGGUGCCCGUGCAGCUUGAUCCUCCCAAGGACGACCCUAUCACCAUCGAGGAACUUGCAAAGUGCGAUGGUACCGACUCCUCCCGUCCUACCUAUGUGGCGAUCAAGGGAAUCGUCUUUGAUGUGACCCGUAAUUCUGCGUAUGGCCCUGAAGGGCAGUACCGGGUCUUUGCCGGCAAAGAUGCCUCUCGCGCCCUCGCCUGCUCAUCCCUCAAGCCCGAAGAAUGCAGACCCGAAUGGUACGACCUCGAUGACAAGGACAAGAAAGUGCUGGAUGAGUGGUUUACCUUCUUCAGCAAGAGAUACAAUAUUGUCGGAAAGGUUAAGGAUGCCAAGAACUACUGA